AAGAAGAAGAGAGAGAGAGAGAGAGAGAGAGAGAGGCUCAUCAUAUUCAUAUAUAUAGAGAGAGAAUUGCAAAGGGAGAGAGAGAGAGAGAGGAGAUUAAGAGAAAGAAGAAAAAUGGGAAGAGGGAGAGUAGAGUUGAAGAGGAUAGAGAACAAGAUCAAUAGGCAAGUGACGUUUGCAAAGAGAAGGAAUGGUCUUUUGAAGAAAGCAUACGAGCUUUCCGUUCUUUGUGAUGCAGAGGUUGCUCUCAUCAUCUUCUCAAAUAGAGGAAAGCUGUACGAGUUUUGCAGUAGUUCGAGCAUGAUUCGGACACUGGACAGGUACCAAAAGUGUAACUAUGGAGCACCAGAACCCAAUGUGCCUUCAAGAGAGGCCUUAGCAGUUGAACUUAGUAGCCAGCAGGAGUAUCUCAAGCUUAAGGAGCGUUACGACGCCUUACAGAGAACCCAAAGGAAUCUAUUGGGAGAAGAUCUUGGACCUCUUAGCACAAAGGAGCUUGAAUCACUUGAGAGACAGCUUGAUUCUUCCUUAAAGCAGAUCAGAGCCCUCAGGACACAGUUCAUGCUCGACCAGCUCAACGAUCUUCAGAGUAAGGAACGCAUGCUGACUGAGACAAACAAAACUCUAAGGCUAAGGUUAGCUGAUGGGUAUCAGAUGCCACUCCAGCUCAACCCGAACCAAGAAGAGAUGGACUAUGGUCGUCAUCAACAACAACAACAACAACAACACUCUCAAGCUUUCUUCCAGCCUUUGGAAUGCGAACCCAUUCUUCAAAUCGGGUAUCAGGGGCAGCAAGAUCAUGGAAUGGGAGCAGGACCAAGUGUCAACAAUUACAUGUUGGGUUGGUUACCUUAUGACACCAACUCUAUUUGA